AUGGACGGGGCUCCUCCCCAUCACCGUCAGCAGCAGCAGCGCAGCAAGCCGGUUGGAAAGCCGCGUGGCAUGCGCCGGGAUCGGGACUGUCGCAGCUGCAAGCUAAGAGAUGUCAAGUGCGAUCUGAACAGACCCUCGUGCGGAGAAUGCAUCGCUGCCGGUGUUCCCUGUGGAGGCUACCCCCAACGAGUCAUCUGGGUCGGUUCCACCUCGUCCGCGAAAGAUGCCUCUCCCAUGACAACAACCGCGUCCGCCCGUACCCAACGACAAGCCAGAUCUCACCAGUCAACGUUGUCUCCGUCCAGCGACUCGAGUCUCACCUCGGAUCGCCCCCCUGACCGACCCCCAGACUCUUCGUUGUCGCCUUCAGAACGAUUGGUGUCCAGCCCUGGAGAUGAGCCUAUUAACUGGGCUGAAGCCGACCAGAACAGCUUCAUCCGCCCCUUAGUAUCGCUGUGCCAGCAAAUCAUCUCGUUGGACGGCGAUGCCCUGAGCAGCAAUCGUUACCUGUCCGUCGAGGCUCUGCGCCUCAUCUCGCGGCUACGCGACUUCGUCCAGGCACGGAUCGAUGGACACCCGGCCCGAGCCCCGAGCGAUCAUUGGGAAUCAGAGGCCAUGGCGAGAUACCGACUGGAUGCCCUCAUGAGCCUCAAGGACACACUCAGGGCCACCAACCCGUUUGCUUUCAUCGGCAUCGCGGCUUUUGCCUUCUUCGAGGUGUGUGAUAGCGGCUUCGGCCACUGGCAGCGCCAUCUAUACGGGGCAAAGUCGCUGUUGGACGUUCACUGCAAGAGCCGCGAGGAAUUAGAUACGCUAUCGAAGAGCGUUACUGGCCUGGGGGAGAUGGUGGUUCGGCUGGUGUGGUUCGACACCUGCGGUAGCAUCAUCAGGGGCACGACAGACCUUAUCUUCGAAUCUUGGCAUCGUGAGCUGUUGACGGAGAGCUUCUUUCGCACCGUCGGGUGCGCUUCAGACACAUUCCAUCUCUUCACGCGCGUUGCCAGCGGUGAAGUGGCGUCUAAUCCGUCCACCAGCGUGAUUCUCGCCAUGGAGCAACUGCUCAAGUUGGGCCAGGGCUCUUCAGACUGGGAUCGCUCAGCCGAUGCUUAUCGCUGUGCGGGGGUCAUUGCCGUCCUGACCAGAGUGAGCGCUGAGCAAUCUACAGAGUCGGCGAUCUCGCUGGCUGUGGACCGGACGUGCCAGAUCAUUGCAGCAACGCCAUCGUCUUCGCAGUUUUACAUACACAUGGCUGUUCCAGCGUAUCUGGCCGGCAUUAACGCCAGCUCGAUGAAGCAAUGUGAUGUGAUCCGAGCGUAUUGGCGCAACUGCAAUCACGCUGGUGUCCGACGAUAUCCGGAUGGUCUAGCCAGAUGUGAGGAUCGCUGGAAGAUGAAAGGGUUGGCUUAA